UCUCAUUAAAAGGUGUUGAAUCGCCUAAAACAGCUUCAGAUGUUUCAGCUGCUUCUUGUUUUGGAUACAAGUUAAACCUGCAGCUCACUGAGUAAAUCUGGUGAUAAAUGGACACAUGAAUCCGUGAUGAUGUCAUUAAUUAAACACUCCUUUGUUUGAUGAAGUGAUGAAAACUUGCCGGUUUCUGCCCCUCCCGCCCUGUUUGCUGCACCUUCCUCUCUCCUCCUCCUCCUCGGUGCGCAGCCUGGAUGUUGUGCGGAGCGCCAAACCCGAACCUCUUUACGCACCGUCCCGCCUCACCUUCAGCGUCACCUCUGCGCCUCCUCAGCUGCGCUGAAUGGAUUAACCUCCGGGAGCCAUGCGGCACCGGCACCGAGCCCCCGCAGCGACCCGAGCCGCUUCGGAUGGAGGAGAGUCCGGUUUCCGCAUUCCCGCAGCCGCUGUGCGCACUGCAGGCGCGGAGCGAAGAUCCAUGAUCUCAACAAAAAAGGAAACCGGUUCGUCCGGCUCGGCGGGCCGCCCCGCGCUGCGGAUUCAUUAUGUUCCCGGCGGACGGAGAGGCUGCUGACUGUGUGUCCCAGGCCCGGUUCGGAGCUCCUUCAUGACCCAGGAUGGAGAACUGCUGCCGCGCCUGCUGCCCCUGCUGCUCCCGGCUCUGGAACUGGAUCUGGCCGGGUCCCCGCUACCCGCCCGUCCCGAACCUGGUCAUCGCCAACCCGGGGGCCCGGUCGGCGGAGAUCCGCACCGUGUCGGGGGACAUCCGCGCCCCGUCGCCCAAGAAGCGGCCGGUGCAGCUGUACGCGGCGCUGUACGACUUCCAGGCCCGGAGCGACGACGAGCUGACGGUGAAGGAGGGCGACAAGCUGUCGGUGAUCGAGAAGCGGGGCGACUACGUGCUGGCCAAGAAGCUGACCGGGGCGCCGCAGUCCGGGCUCAUCCCGGCCAACUACGUGGCUCUGCUGCAGGACGAGUUCGCCAAACACAAGUGGUACUACGGGAACAUAAACCGCGUGAAAGCAGAGAAGCUGCUGCUCGCCUCCCAAAACAAAGAUGGCGCCUUCCUAGUUCGCAUCAGUGAGAGUCACAGCGACGAGUACACGGUGUCUGCGCGGAGCGAGGGGAAGGUCUUCCACUUCCGGGUGCAGCGCUCGGUGAUCGGCGCAUACUUCGUGUCUGACCAGCUGUCGUUCGCCACGCUGGGCGAGUUGGUCUCCUACUACCAGAAGAACCCGCGGAGCCUCGGGGUGAACCUGGCGGAGCCGUGCGCCCAGCAGCGGGAACUCUUCGACAUGGAGCCGUGGGAGAGACCGCGGGAAGAGUUCAAACUCCUCCACAAACUGGGAGAAGGAAACUUUGGACAAGUAUGGGAAGCCAUUUGGACCAAAGGGAACCAGAAAGUGGCCAUAAAGAUGCUGAAACAAGAGGACACGAAGCAGGACGAGUUUGUGAAGGAGGUCCAGGCGCUGAAGAGCCUCCACCACCCGAAGCUGAUCCAGCUGCUGGCCAUGUGCUCCAGAGGGGAACCCGUCUACAUCGUCACCGAACUCAUGAGCAAAGGAAGCCUCAAGUCCUACCUGGACUCUGAGGAAGGAAAGCUGCUGAAAACAGCUCAUCUCAUCUACAUGAGCGGCCAGAUCGCAGACGGCAUGGGCUACCUGGAGGACAGACACAUCGUCCACAGAGACCUGGCCGCCAGAAACAUCCUGGUGGGAGACGACCUGAUCUGCAAGGUGGCAGACUUCGGACUGGCUCGGAUAAUUAAGGACAGCGUCUACACUGCCAGCAGAAACACGAAGAUCCCGGUGCGGUGGACAGCGCCUGAGGCGGUGCUGCACCAACGCUUCUCUGUCAAAUCAGACGUCUGGUCGUUUGGCGUGCUUCUGUAUGAGAUGAUGUCACGCGGGAAAAUGCCGUACGAAGGAAAAAGCAAUAAGGAGGUGAUGGACAUUUUGAAAUCGGGGCAUCGGCUGGGCUGUCCCAACCGCUGCCCUCCCAAUAUUUACCGGAUCAUGAAGGACUGCUGGCACACCGAGCCGACCCAUAGGCCGUCGUUCCACGCCCUGCAGAACCAGCUGGACAGCAUUUAUCAACACAUUUAUUACAAAACCGUGGAGGUUUAGAGGCGAACGGCGGUCUUCCACUGCUGGCUGGGAACCUGCAGAAACGGCAGGAAACGGUGAGGAUCGUUCCUCUCCGUGUUUCUGUUUGGGAAAAUGAAGCGGAGCAGCGACCCAAACCAACAUGGAGGACAAACUGGACAGAAACCCAGCGGUACUUCAGAGAGCAGAGUCUGUAAAUACACCAGAGAAACUCCUCAAACUGUUUUAAACUCUUGUGUUUUGGAGGCUGUAAUAACGGAAAUCGUCGGUAUGUGCCAUGCUGGACACGUCCUCCAUGUUACGAUUUCACUUCUGUUUCCGAUGCAAAACAAGUCGGGAAAAUGGAGAUUUUGUGCAAUAAUUAAACGAAAGCUGAAUUUUUAGCCACAUCAGUCUAGAGAAAGGGAAAUUAAUUAGUUUCUUAGCUUGACCCUUCCUGCUCUUGAGCUAAGUAUCUUGGAGAAAAGGUUUCGUUUGCUGGUUAAAUGAUUUUGUUUGUUUUCAUCAAACCGCAUCCAGAUGUGACGAUUUCUGAAACCUGUGACUCCUUUACGUUAAAGAGAUCAGGAAUAAACUGUACAGAAAAUAACAAGUCUUCCUCUACUAAGAGUUUGGUUUAAGGAGCAACGAAAAGCAUCUUAAAUUUAAAUGUGCGCUUAUUUUUGUUUAGCUUAGCUUGGCUAGCAGCCAAAGGAGCGUAGCCGUAGUUAGCCUUCCAGCUAGCCCCUAUCUUAGCUCCAAUGCUAAGGAGCGCAUCUUUCCUGUAGCGCAUGUGGAGGAGCUCAGUAGCUGUGUUUCCAUUACAAAUAUUGACAAAGUUUCCAAAACUUUGUCAAUAAUCAGAAUGCUGAAAAAACACAAUUGUUGUGUUUUCAUUAAACCAGAAAAAUAAUUAAAAUCACAGGUGAAUAAGUUUGUUCACGCAAUAAUCAUUUAAAAACGUGCUCCUCCGUCUACUUCCUGUUCGUCUUCUUCAUGGUUUCUGUCAGUGGUAAAAUCCACUUAUUGAUCAUGUGACUCGUGAUGUGAAAAAAAUUGUUUCCAUUUCAGUUUUGCAAAAUAAAUAAAUUUAACUACGGCCAAAAAAAAUCACCUCAUCCUAGCAACAAAACUUUUUAUCGCUUCAGGCAUGUCUCUAUUAAGCAAGUUAAUUUUAGAAAUACAAAAUUGUGCGUUUAUGCGGGGAAUGGAAACGCAGCUACGGUUUGAGUUUUAGCUUGAAUUUCUGCUUGUUGGCUUGCAACUGUGUGUUUGCAGCGUUAAGAUCUAAUAUCUGCUGCUCCUCUGCAGGCUGAAAUCCUGCGGCUGAAGCUUCCAGGUGGGACCAGGGUUCUUAUUUAACAUGAUGUUUACUGUUACUGCAUUAUUGUUUUGCAGCUAGUGAGCAUGCCAGCUUGCUGUGAGGUUUGGUACAUGUAGUCCUGUUACUGUAGCCUGCUGCUUUUAGACCCACACUGAUUAUCUGACACGGGCUGAAAUAUUUAAUGUUCAGAAAAAUGACUUGUGCUCCAGUGCUGCUCUCAGGACAGACGGUAAGAAGAUCUAUUUUUGUAUUUUUGUUUGUCCAUUUCUCUGCGCUUCCUGAUUUAUUCGUCAGAAGAUCUUUACCUGUUGCAGGUAAAGAUGUAGCCGAGCCUCCAGGUAUUUUUGGAGGCUCGGCUACAUUUUACAAAUCUAAAGCAUCCUAACAGAAGCACUUUUAAAAUGAUUUUUUUAUCAGCACAAGAUGAACUAGAAGCGCUUGAAAAGCCGCUGGAGCUCGGUGCCAACAGUCCAGGCCUUAAGCUCCUCUGACUGAUGUCCAGGAACACCAGUGCCUACGUUUACAACUGAACACAAGCUCACCACCGACACACGAGCUACAGGACGGACAUCUGGACUCGCAGCCUCUUUCUGUAGGCUUUUCUUCAUUUGAAGCACAUAAAACUGUAAACAAAUCUUGCAACUUGCAAUGCAAUUUGUCAAUGAACCAAUUUUGUGUGUUUUUAUGCAUGACGUUUGCAGCAGAUGGAGCCAAGUUCAGGAAACUUGAGCCAUAAUCUCCAAAUUAUGAGUAUGUUUGUAUUUAUGGCUGUUUGUGUUCUGGUACCAAACACAAGUUAUGCAAAAAAUAAAGUAUUUUAAGUAUUGUUUUCAAAAAACAAUGCAACUGUAAUUUUUACUAUUUUUGUUAUAUGUUCACUCAUUUUUAGAGGAAAAUUUCACAUAAAUAUAUUUUUAAAAGGACCUAAAGUUAAGGCUGCAAACUAAAUAUUUAGUUUGAAAACUAAAUAUUUUGCUCCAACUUAAGUAUUUUGUUAGCAAUCUAAAUAUUUGAGCUUAUAUAUUUAGCUUGAAGCUAAAAAUAAGCAAAAUAUUUAGUUAGCAAGCUAAAUAUUUAAAUUUCUAGUUUGCAUAUUU